UAAGGCCCCUAAUUUAGAGGGACGCUAGUAGGGGCGAGCAGUUAGCUACACAAACUUACAGCUCGGCCAUGUCUGCACCUGUCAUGGGGAGCACGAAAAAACCCUUUAACGAUGGAGACCAGCACAACCACAAGAAGAAGAAGGGAGCAGGCGCGCUGGCCACCGCCUACCUGGUCAUCUACAACGUGAUUAUGACCGCUGGGUGGUUGGUCAUUGCUGUGGGUCUUGUCCGGGCAUAUCUUACUAGAGGCAGCUACCAUGGUCUGUACUACUCAAUAGAGAAGCCACUGAAGUUCUUUCAGACUGGAGCUCUCCUUGAGAUAUUGCAUUGUGCUGUUGGCAUUGUACCUUCCUCUGUGGUCCUGACUGGGUUUCAGGUGAUGUCACGUGUGUUCCUCACGUGGGCUGUUACACACAGUGUUAGAGAAGUCCAGAGUGAAGACAGUGUGCUCCUCUUUGUGGUCGCGUGGACUGUUACGGAGAUCAUCCGCUAUUCAUUCUACACUUUCAGCUUACUCAACCACCUGCCUUAUCUUAUAAAAUGGGCAAGAUACACAUUUUUUAUUGUACUCUACCCCAUGGGAGUGGCUGGAGAACUUCUGACCAUCUAUGCUGCUCUGCCUUAUGUUCAGAAGACAGGCCUCUAUUCUGUCACUUUGCCCAACAAGUAUAAUUUCUCCUUCGAUUAUUAUACCUUUCUUAUUCUCACUAUGGUCUCCUACAUCCCCCUGUUCCCUCAGCUCUACUUCCACAUGUUGCGGCAGAGAAAGAAAGUUCUGGGUCACGUGGAAGAAUACAGCAAAGUGGAAUAAACAUGCGGCCAGCGUUCCACACAAUACGGGCUGACCAUAUGGAGGAAGGGGGGGGGGGGGGAUGACCUUUCCAAUUAAAACUUGGCUGAUUUAAAAAAGAGAGAGAGAGAAAAAGUUGCUUGUCAAUAAACAGAGCCCAGCUUUUUUUUUUUUUUUAAGAUACUAAAAUGACUUAAAGACUAUUUCUAAAGCUAGUUAGGGAAUGAGAUAAUACAGUGUGUGAUUUUUGAGGUUAUUAAUAUGAAAUUCAUGGUUUAUUAGAAGGCAUUUCUGAUAAUACAUGGCAUUUUUUUUUUGUGUGUAUGAAAGCGUUUUUAAUAUGGUCUAAUACAGUUGCCCUGACCUUAGUGAGAGAGAAAUUAAAUUGGUCGUUUUGGCUUUCACCUUUUGAAGUAAUGACAGAAUUGGGAACAUUUUAAGUAAUCAAUAUUGAUAAAAAAGAGAGAUAACUCUAGUCUGUAUUAUGCCCUGUGUACUUGGAUGUAUUGGUAGCAGUUUUGUUUAUGCACAGUCAGGAGGCUGAACAGAUGACCAAGUUCUGAAGGUCUUCAUGGGCUGUAUUCAUGUUUCAACGUGAAAAGUGUCUCAUUCCAUUAUUGGUGUUCUGUGACUACUAAUUUAGUCGUUGCUGUUCUUUACAUAUUUGCUCAGGAUUUGUACUCGGUACUGACCUGUCAUCCACUACAGUUUUCCUUUAAAACAAUUUUUUUCAGUGUUAGUUGUUUUAUAAGGGUCAUGUAAAUGACUUAAACAAGCUUUGUGUUGUUUUGCUUUAAAUUAGAUUUGUUAUGCGGGUAACGUGUAACUGAAGUGAUUGUACAGGGUUGUGUUGUAUGUGAUCCAUGUAUCUGCUUUCCAUAACUUCUAAAAGGUGACCUCAAGCAAGCAGUUAAACAGCUUUCGAGUCCUGUCAGUAGGCAACUUUCUAAAGCGUUCGAUUGAAAGAAGGCAGGGUUGAGGCUGGAAGAGCACGUGGCAGUGGGAAAAUGGUGCAAUUGGAUUAGCCUGCGUCUAGUCAUGCAUUUCCAAUGAGUAAAAUCUAAUGAAGCACGGAGCAGGCCAGGAGUCAGGAGUUGCUAAGCGCUUUGUUGUCUGUCUGCUCUCAUUACCAACAGCAGUGAAGUGCAAGCUCAAGCCUUGAAGAAGGGCUUGCUCAUUAGUCUUAAUGAACAACUAAUGAGCAGACUGGCCUUUCCCAACCAUUUGGGUCUGAACUUUACUUUCAAAGGUUAUAGCCUAAAAGCGCCAUCUCUGGCAGCCAAGGGAAUACUCUUGUUUUUACUUACCAUCAAAAGAGGACAGUCAUGCCAACUUGGCAUUGUGAAGAUGAAGAACUCUUUGGUCAGUUACCUUGGCAACUGUCAUUAAUCAGCUAAUCAGCUAACUGGACGUUAAUUAGUUGGAAAUGUUCUGGUCUAGGAUCCAUUAUGGUACAGUAAUAUGGCAUAUGCUUGCUUACUGAGAUGAAGUAUUAUCUUUAAAGCUCCUGGAACAAACGCUGUUAACCUCUCAGCGCCCAGAUGUUUCAGCAUGAGCAUCUAGAUUGCAACUUUACUAAAAACUGCAUGAAAGGUGAAUUCGCUCCACUCCUUGAAUAAUGCAGUGUUGUCACACUACGCCAUUCAAGGAUAAUAUCAUUGGACGCAUGACCUUUAAAGUUGUCAGGAAACGUCGGGCUUUUGAUACAGUACAAAGGAUUUGCAUGGGACCAGCAGACUUUGUAUGAUUAGAAAAAGGUUUAUAUUUACAAUAAACUUAUAAUCUGUACAAACAGCCAUGUUUUUCAUUUGUGCAUUCUAUACUUGAUGCAGUGUUCUACAAAACUUCUGGUUAAGUUUGUGGAUUGAUAAACAUUUGAUCCUAAAAUAAGGAUGUUUUGUGGAUUAAAGGUUUAUGGAUCAUUCA